UUCUAGGAAGACGUCUGCAGUUAUCUCAUUAAAGGGUUAUCUCUGUUUUCGGCUGUGGAUUAAGUUGGUUGUGGCAUGUGAUUCCAGCCAGUCCUCAGUUUUCCCUGAGCUCUGUAGGAACACUGUCCUCUCUCGCCUCCGCCUCACUUCUGGCUCUCUGCAGGGUUCUUUUCUAGAUCAAAACCUCUUGAGGAAUAAUGGGCUCCAAUUACUCCAGCCUUGAUGAUAUCUUGGAGGAGGACAUGCAUCACUGGUACACCAAAUUCAUGAAGGAGUCUCCUUCGGGACUCAUAACGCUCUUUGAGCUCAAGUCAAUGCUGCAAAUGACCGGUAUGACAGAGGAGGCCAGCGGCUAUGUGGACCAAGUCUUCUUCACCUUUGACAUGGAUGGGGAUGGCUACAUAGACUUUGUGGAAUACAUUGCAGCAAUUAGUUUGUUACUCAAAGGAGAAAUUAACCAGAAACUGAAGUGGUACUUCAAGCUCUUUGAUCAAGAUGGAAAUGGGAAAAUUGACAAGCAGGAACUGGAGACCAUAUUCAAGGCCAUUCAAGAUAUCACCAGAAAUUACGACGUGCCCCCAGAGGAGAUUGUAAAUCUUAUAUACGAGAAGAUUGACGUCCACGGAGAAGGUGAGCUGACACUGGAGGAGUUCAUCAGCGGAGCCCGGGACCAUCCCGACAUCAUGGACAUGCUCAGCAAGAUGAUGGAUCUGACCAACGUUCUGGAAAUCAUUGUUAGUGGUCAACAGAAGAAUGCCGUGAACUGAAUCCGCGAUCAGCGAGCUGGACUCUGUCGAGAACUCUAUUGUUUUUAGAGGAUUUUUUUUUUUUUUUUAGAAA